AUGCCGUCUCACAACAAGACACUGACAGUGACCCCCCCUAAGGAAACCCAACCCUAUCCCCAACCCAACCUCUCCAUCCCCCUGGAAUUAAACACAGGACCUGCUGUCUCCUAG